GGGGCGUUACAAGGCGCCGCGGUUGGCGCGGGCGCCAUUUUGAAUCGGCUGUGGGUGUGAGGCGGCGGCUGCUGAACCGGGCUCCGCUACCCCGAGUAAGCCGGCGAGGACCGAACAUGGCAGCGAACAGGAACCUGAAGCAAGUGCGGAUCGAGAACAGCUCCCCGGCCGCGCCGCUGGGCAUGGUGGGGGGCGGCGGCAACCUGAAGGGGUUGCGGGGCCUGGAGGCGGAGAGCGAGGCGGCGGCCAUGGCGCUGGGGCCGGGCAAGGAGGGCGGAGAGGAAGAGCAGGAGGUCGGCUUCACCAUCGACAUCAAGAGCUUUCUCAAGCCCGGCGAGAAGAGCUACACGCAGCGCUGCCGGCUCUUCGUGGGUAACCUGCCCACCGAUAUCACCGAGGAGGAUUUCAAGCGUCUCUUCGAGCGCUACGGGGAGCCCAGCGAGGUCUUCAUCAACCGGGACCGCGGAUUUGGCUUCAUUCGCCUGGAAUCUAGGACACUGGCUGAAAUAGCAAAGGCGAUGAUGUACUAUUUGAAGAGCAGACCACUUCGAAUUCGCUUUGCUACACAUGGAGCUGCCCUGACGGUCAAGAAUCUUUCACCUGUGGUUUCUAAUGAGCUGCUGGAACAAGCAUUCUCUCAAUUUGGGCCAGUGGAAAGAGCUGUUGUGGUAGUGGAUGAUCGUGGCAGAGCUACAGGAAAAGGUUUCGUAGAGUUUGCAGCAAAACCUCCAGCACGGAAAGCUCUAGAAAGAUAUGAUGGGGCAUUCUUGCUAACAACAACACCUCGACCUGUUGUUGUGGAACCAAUGGAGCAAUUUGAUGAUGAAGAUGGGCUCCCAGAGAAGCUAAUGCAAAAAACACAACAGUAUCACAAGGAAAGAGAACAGCCUCCACGUUUUGCGCAGCCUGGAACAUUUGAGUUUGAGUAUGCUUCGCGGUGGAAGGCUCUUGAUGAGAUGGAAAAGCAACAGCGUGAACAGGUUGACAGGAACAUUAGAGAAGCCAAAGAGAAACUAGAGGCAGAAAUGGAAGCAGCUAGACAUGAGCAUCAGCUAAUGCUGAUGAGGCAAGAUCUCAUGCGACGCCAAGAGGAACUGAGGCGUUUGGAAGAGCUUCGAAAUCAAGAACUGCAAAAACGCAAGCAGAUACAAUUGAGACAUGAAGAAGAACAUCGACGUCGUGAGGAAGAGAUGCUGCGCCAGAGGGAACAGGAGGAGUUACGACGACAACAGGAGGGAGGAUUUAAACCAAAUUUCAUGGAUAAUAGAGAACAGGAAAUGAGAAUGGGUGAUAUGGGUCCUCGUGGAGCAAUAAACAUGGGAGAUGCGUUUAGCCCAGCACCUGCUGGUAACCAAGGCCCUCCUCCAAUGAUGGGUAUGAAUAUGAACAACAGAGGAACUUUACCUGGCCCUGCAAUGGGUCCUGGUCCUUCCAUGGGACCAGAAGGAGCUGCAAAUAUGGGAACACCAAUGAUGCCAGAUAAUGGAACAGUGCAUAAUGAGAGAUUCCCUCAAGGAGGUCCAUCACAAAUGGGUUCACCUCUCGUUAGUAGAACGGGCUCUGAAACUCCUCAGCCGCCAAUGAGUGGUGUAGGUGCCGUGAGUGGUGGACCUGGUGGCUUUGGUAGAGGAAACCCAGGGGGCAACUUUGAAGGACCUAACAAGCGUCGCAGAUACUAAAACUUACUUCAUUCCUUACUGUUUAGAAGUUACAGUAAAGCUAUACAGUGAUAUGCCUUUAUAAUUUUAGCUGUUAUCUGGAAACGGUUUUAUUGUUAUUGUAGUCUUUAAAACAAUUUCUUUUGUAAACAUUUUUUUGUAUUCAGUCAUAGGCUUUGUAGUAUAGAGCAGAAAUUAUGCGGAUCAUUAUGUAAGGCAAUGUGUUUGUGAGUAGCAAAAUACAAUGUGUGACUAUACUGUAAAACGUACAGUUAUCUGAUUACAAUAAAAUAUAAAAACCACUUGAAAGGAUUUUGGGAAUGUUAUUACUAAUGCUGGGUGAGAAUAAUUUCAUGCUUAUUUGUAAGUGGCACCAUUUUCAUUCUUACGUAGUUUCUACUAUGUGUUAAGAAAAUUCCAUCCUUAAUAGUGAAUCUGUUUAGCUAACUACAUGUUGCAGUACAUAUUAUGAACAAUUUAUAACACUACAGCUUUUGGUUUUUUUGACUUUUAAGAGCAUCAGAUGUUUUACAGAGUUUUUUCGAGGACACUGUGCACUUGCAUCUCAGUCUCCCUUUGCAAACUUAGUCCCAUAGGCUAUCAAUAGAAUGUGUCCCUUACUCAAUCAGAAAAUUUAACAUGGGGUAAAAAAAAAAACAACUUUGAAAGAGGAAUCUGUAUGUAUACUUCAUUCAUAUCAGUAGGAAUUAAUUUACUUAAACCAUACCUCUACGGAAGAAAAGUUGUUGUGUGACAUCUGUGUAUUAUAUUAACAGUUAAAAAGUAUCUUGCCAUUGCAAGGAAGUAGACGUUUGUGCAAGCUGGUUUAAAGCCAUCUGUGUGUAACGAAUCGUUAUGAAUAUACAUUUCCCCCUAAUGGUUGAUUUGAAUAGAAACAAGUCUGUUAUCAAUGAUUAACUGUGUAUUUAGGAGGUAAAUACAUGCUUUCCAGUUAAAAUAAUAGUUCAUUUAGAGUAAUAUACGUUCUGAAGGAUUUCACAGAAGUGUUCUUGUUAAAUGUUUCACAGAAUGGUGAAUUUGAAAGCUACCUAUUUCCAACACAACUCAAGCUAGAUUUGCUGAUUGAGUCUUAAGAUAAAAGUGAUGAUAAAGCUAUUGGAAAGCUUUUUAUGAUUCAGAUUUUGUCUGUCAUGGAAGAUGAUGGAAAAGUCCUAUUGGUUCUAUUCCCAUAAUGGCAAGAUAGUAAGGAUAUUUUUAGUUACUGUUGCUUUUUUCCUGUGCAAAAUAUAAAAUACUAGUGUUCUGCUUUUAUCAGUUCACUCACAUUUUCAGAUAUAGGAAUGACUAAAAUUUAUCUGCAUGAACACUGAUACUAAAUUGAUUAAAUACUGAUUUGAGAUAACAUAAUGCCCUAAUUCUAUUAGAAUGGUAUGUACGUAGCUCAGAGCGUGGAUACAAGCAACAGGGACAGCAUUUACUUGUUACUUUAUGUAGCAGUGGUUGUCUUGGUGAUUUGAAUUGUGAGCAAAUGGGUAAAAGAAAAGCAGUAUUGCUGGCAUUUGUGAAUUACGCUGUUAUUUAAAUUGCCAGCAUUAUAUGGCUAGAGAGAUUGUUUUCAUAUAGUUCAUGAGUUACCAUGUGUAGGUCCUCAUUUGUGAUGUCUCUAACUGCUGAGCAUUUUCCUUUAGGCUGCCUUAGUAUUGCCUUUUUUUCCUCGACUUGAGAUCUGUGCCACACUUCUUAGUUUAUAAUUCAAUAGAGAGUUAGGUUUAAAGUCUGAAAUACUUGAUACGUGUACUUACAGUACCUAUUCUUCCAAAGAAACCUGCAGCUGGUUUUACUUAGCACACGAUUUCUUAAAACUCAACAUUUGGGAAAAAUUGCUGUGUUUUCCUUUGUUGUAAGCUAGUGUUUGCAUAGCAGCUACCACACCUGUCUGUUUUGGGCUGCCAUGUUCAGUUGAAAAUGCAGCUUACGCUGGUUUCUAGUACGGUGCCUAAAUAUUAGAUUGAUUUUUUUCUCAUCUUUUUUGCCCUUGUACUUGGCAUUUUUUAAUGGGAUUGAGAAAGUACUGUUGUGAGUUGAUAAUGCUAAACGGUAAAGCUGUAAGAAGCACGUUUUUAUAUAUAACUUGAACAAGGUUCAGGAGGUCUGUUCAGUUUCUCUAGGGAAAAGGCUGUGCCGUUCAGUUCUUUUGCCUAACUCCUAUAUUCAGAUAUUGGCCUCAUCCUUGUACUAUCAGAGUACGUUUCAGAAGUACAUUAAUCUUACAAAUCUGCAAAAAGUGCUUCAUUCGUUGCCAGCCUCAUGCUAUUGUAGUUGCAUGUUUGUUGAGCUGCCUUUUUUUAGCAAGCAAAAUAUUUGUGUUUGAAAGUUAUUGUGGAUUUUAAUGCUAAUGAUUUUCAUUCCACGGUUGUGAGCUACCCUUCCUGUAAAACAGUGACUUGGAUGGCUCUGCUGCUUGGUAGCAGUGGCUUUGUCUGCUCUCCUUAUUGCAGAAAAAAAAAAUCUUAUCUGUCUUUUCAUAUCCAUGAACCAAGUCCAAAAAAAUAAAUACUGAAAUACUGAAUUUGAACACACUUUAAAAUUGUGAUGAAGAGUUGCCUUUGUGGCUGGUGACAGACUGCCAAAUUCUGCUCUUAAAAACUUUCUAGCCAUGUUGGUUGUAUCUUGCUUAACGGUAAAGGCAGUCAUUUUCGUUUUGCCAUAUGUGGUAGUGACUGACUCGAAGUCUUCCUUUUCCAGGAAAAUUUUGUCUUUAUUGCAUAACUUUUCCCAGUUUGGUUCCCAGAACUGGUAUGUAGAUGCGUCCAAGCAGGGUUUUUUUUUUUUAUUGAAGGUGCUGCCUGUGUACUGGAAGUGAUUAGUUGAUUAGUUUUUCUUGUUCCUUAUAUGGCCAAUCAGUUUAUCAUUUUUUUUUCAUGUGUACACAUGUACUUAAGUUUUUAAUGGUCUUUGGUCUGUUGGACUAGAAACUAGCACAGUACAGUACUGACUUUUCCUGCCAUGUGCUGGCAAGACAAAUAACCUUUCCAAGGUUGUGCAGUUGGCAAUUACAAUGUGCUUACUUUUGGUUGUACUUACUGGGUUUUUAGAUUAUUCCUGAGAUUUCAGUGUAAACUGCUUAAUUUUCACGAGGUACAAUUUUAAUACUUGGAUAACAAAGUGUUACUGUUCCACUUAAGUAAAAGAGAACUUACUGCCACCAGAAUCCAGCUUGCUUAACUGCAUUUGCAUUUGUUACCUCAGUCAUUUUAAGAGAAGCUGUUUGGCACUUAUAACUAUAAAAUUAAUUUUAGUUGCAAAUGAAUUUCUUCGUAAUUCUCUUCAGUGUGCUCACUAGGUAAAGCACGUUGAUAUGUUGGGAAACUUGGUGGCAAUACAGAUAUGCUUAACUAUUUCCUAAGAAAGAUACUUAAAAAUCACUAUUAAUUGUCUAGAAAGAGAACUCCUGAGCUUGAGUGGUUUUAUUUAUUGUCAACAUCUAUUUUACCCGGUCAGACAUAGAGAUGUGAUAAAUUUGAGACCUUUAUUAGGGCAAAAGCUUAUGAUAGAUGGCAGAAAGACAGUAUGAGCUAAAUGUUACAUUAAUUUAAUUUUAACCACAGUCCAGUAAGAUUUAAUAGUAUGCAGUGUGAGGAACAUUCUGAUCCAAAGGAUACUGUCAUAUUUUAAAAUGUUACACAAAACUGAUUUUUUUCCUUUUUUGACUUUCGAUUUCAGUUUUUUAACUUGAAAGCUAGAAUUCUCUGUAAUUACACGUUCUUUUUAAAAGUAGAACAUACAAACACGUAUUGACUUGUACAAAGUAGUUAUUGUACGGUCACAGUCUGCCUCACGAUAACCUGCCUGAAACAUGCUGAGAUAACUGAUCUAAAGGAAGAUUCUGGAGUGAAAAUGAAAACCCCUCAGGCCUUUUCAAGGGAGAAUGUAUUUUGAGGUGAGAUUCAGCAAAUGAGUAGUGUACUGACGCCAUGAAGCUCAUUUGAUUUAAGAGUGUUAUGGAAACUAAUAUUUUGGCAUACUUAAUGUAUAUAUUUUUGUAUAGCAAGUGGGAUCAUAAUUCCUUCCUUCUCAGUGAAGUGAAAAUGUAUUAUGAUUGAACUAUUACAAUGGCAGGGAAGGCUGGGGUCUGUUUACACUGGACUGCAAAUGUGAAUGGAUUCUCAAUCCCAUUCCUGAGACUUAAGUGCUGCGUUUUACACAGUCUGUGUCCAGCGUCUAUUGUUAGCUUGUGCUUAGGGCUUCUCAGGAGCCCUGAAUUAAUUUGAGCCUAUGGAAAAUGGAGAGGUUGGACAUUAUUACUUCAGGUUAUUGGCUGUUCAGUGCUGGUUUAGUGGCAAACAUUGGACUGUAUUAUCCCCAAAGCAUUUAUUUCUUCAAAAUCCAUUCAGUGAAAUGCGAGAACUUAGUAAUAAUAGAAUAGUUAACUGAAAAAUUGCAGUACUUAAUGGCAGGUAUAAUUUUUGCAGAGAUUGGCUUUUUGUUGUUCUCUUUUGGCAUGUAUUGUAAAAUAGUCUUAGUCGGUGGUCUCAGCAUUUUGGUAUUUUGCUGUUAGGAAGAAAUCUGUUUUGUUAGUAGUCUUGAGAUUUUUCCUGUAAAAUAUUUUUAAAAUCAUAACUGUAGGCAUUUUGGAUUUGUUUUCACAGUAAUCCAUGAAAUACUGAUGUUAUGAAAACUAAGUUAUCCAUGUCUAGAAUGUAAGUUGUUGAAUAGAUAAACUGAACAUUAAAUUUUCAUGAAAGUGAUACUUUUGAUGAUUUUAAAUGAAUGGAAACAAGCCCUCAGUGUGUUGAUUUUUCAAUGGGAUAGAUUUAAUAGGUCUUUUCCAUCUUGAACUUCCUUAAGCUACUAUGAAAACUAAUAUAAUUUGUUUUUGGAGAUAUUCAUAGUAAU